GAUAAUUUCCGUGGUCCCUGACAGAGCCGAGUUCCUCCCAGUGAUUGUUGGAUGCUAUCGGUGCCCCUCCGCGGAGAGCUGCGCUGUGCGAUCGGCCUGUGGGACGCGGUGUUCAGCCAGAGCUGCUAAAUGAAGCAAUGGCGGGGGUUGCAGGAGGUAAUGAUUUCCAGUGGUGUUUCUCUCAAGUGAAAGGAGCCAUAGAUGAAGAUGUUGCGGAAGCUGACAUUAUCUCUACAGUGGAGUUCAACUACUCUGGAGAGCUGCUGGCGACUGGAGACAAAGGAGGCAGAGUAGUGAUAUUCCAACAUGAACAGGAGUCCAAGAAUCGUCCGCACCUGCGCGGGGAGUACAACGUCUAUAGCACUUUUCAGAGUCACGAGCCAGAAUUUGACUACUUGAAAAGUUUAGAAAUCGAGGAAAAGAUUAAUAAAAUUAGAUGGCUACCCCAACAGAAUGCUGCUCACUUUCUACUUUCGACAAAUGAUAAAACUAUCAAAUUGUGGAAAAUAAGUGAAAGAGAUAAACGGGCCGAAGGUUACAACCUGAAAGAUGAAGAUGGACGACUCAGAGACCCCUUUAGAAUCUCCUCCUUACGGGUACCAGUGCUGAUGCCAAUGGAUCUCAUGGUAGAAGCAAGCCCACGGAGGAUCUUUGCAAAUGCGCACACCUAUCACAUUAAUUCCAUUUCUGUAAAUAGUGAUCAUGAAACGUACCUCUCCGCAGACGACCUAAGAAUAAAUCUAUGGCACUUGGAAAUCACAGACAGAAGUUUUAAUAUUGUAGACAUCAAGCCAGCCAACAUGGAGGAACUGACGGAAGUAAUCACAGCUGCUGAGUGCCAUCCACACCAAUGCAAUGUUUUUGUGUACAGCAGUAGCAAAGGCACCAUCCGCCUGUGUGACAUGCGAGCGGCGGCACUCUGCGAUCGGCACUCAAAGUUCUUUGAGGAGCCAGAGGAUCCAAGCAGCCGAUCCUUUUUCUCUGAGAUCAUCUCCUCCAUCUCGGACGUGAAGUUCAGUCACAGCGGACGCUACAUGAUGACACGUGACUACCUCUCCGUCAAAGUGUGGGACCUCAACAUGGAGAACAGGCCAGUGGAGACGUAUCAGGUACAUGAAUACCUUCGCAGUAAGCUCUGCUCCUUGUAUGAAAACGACUGCAUCUUCGACAAGUUUGAGUGCUGCUGGAAUGGCAGUGACAGUGCCAUCAUGACCGGCUCCUACAACAACUUCUUCAGAAUGUUCGACCGCAACACCAGGCGGGACAUCACGCUGGAGGCGUCCCGGGAGAGCAGCAAACCGCGGGCCACGCUCAAACCCCGCAAAGUGUCCACCGGCGGCAAGAGGAAGAAGGAUGAGAUCAGCGUGGACAGCCUGGACUUCAACAAGAAGAUCCUCCACACUGCCUGGCACCCCAAAGAUAACGUGAUAGCUGUGGCAGCCACCAACAACUUGUACAUUUUCCAGGACAAAAUCAACUAGAAGAUUUGGGGCUCCCGAGGAUAGGGCUUUUACCGUACCUGUGUAGUUAAGCCUACUACUUGUCUAUCUGUAUAAGAAGAAACAGCCUCGUUGUCCUCCUGGUGAAGAAUUUCGAAAGCACGUGUCUACUUUUUUUGCCACAGGAGGUUGAUCCAUAGGCCUGUUUUAUUUUGAGUCUGAGCUUAGGUUGUUUUUGCCUUCGGCACCAGGGCAAUCAACAUGCCCCCCUGACCCAGAAAGCCCAAUUCGGGUCUAAUUGACGGAAUGGCACUCCCUAGAGGUCAAACUCUUGAACGUUGGUGUUUGUGUUGACAUUUUAAGCCUUCAUUUCAUGAUUUAACAGCAGAACUCUCGGAAGCUCUUAAAAUGACGUCUUGUCAGAGUUGUAACAUCAUUUCAAAGAUUUCGGGCCCUCUGAAGCACGGAUUAAUGGCCAAUAAGCCUAACUGUAACAUUCCCCCAUUGGUCAUGUAUUCAGGCCAAACUACUGGUGGAAGAGGCCCUGAAUUUGGAAAGUGGACUUGUUUCUUUUCUUCCCUCCCUCCCUCUUACUUUACCCCCUCCCCUGUCAAUACGGUGACAUAAUUUCACUCACUGUAUCUACUCAAGUACACCUUGUCAUCCACAUAAUAAAAGAAACUAAAACUA